AUGACAGCUGACCAGACAACCCCUUCCGCGGUAUAUUACUUUUUUCGUUCGUUUCGGCGCUCACUCCCCGAUGAGAGUGACUUUGAAGACUUCAUUAGCACCUUGACCAUCACCCCCUUGCAUGCGGUCGUUGAAAAUGUUUUGCCAUUCUUCCGUCGUUCUACCGACCCUGGUUUAUUUACAAAGUUUCAGGUGAUGAUGCGUCAAUGUGAACAAAAUUCUGCUUUCGAGAGUACUCUGAUGAGGGUUUGUGAUGCUUUGGAUAUGCUUCAAAGAGUUGAACAAGCAUUGAGAGGCGAUAAGCGUUUGAUGGAUGGCUAUUUACGCGCUAUGCAAUUUGAUAAUGAUUCGGCCAGCCACCAACAGGUGUGGUCGGGUCUGCAGCGUUUCUUGAACGAGGACUGCGAUCCACAAACGAAGCGUAGAGUGGAAAAGGUCUUCGCCGAACAAAAAGCCAACGAUGAACUUGGUCUCAACGAUGAUGUCCUUGACGUGGCUUAUUCUCUGAUUGGUGAUGAUGCUCUAUACAUUGAAAUCCUCGAGACUCUUCAAUUGAACAACCGACAAAAUCUCCCGUGGGACAUUGUAAUCAGCAGGAUUCAACGUCUUGCUAUAGAGAAAAAACCUCAAGUUUGGCCUAUGCUGAGCAGAUUCCUGGACGAUGUACACAAUGGUCGUGAUGUUUUCUCGUAUUCUGUCUAUUGGGACGAAUAUCUUGAUGACGAAAUUGACGAGCCUGAGAAUGGAGUUAAUACUCUCGAGCAAAAAUUUUCCAACAUUAACCUUGACACUGGCAAUGAAGACAUACAAUCUCAACCACAACAAAGACAACAGAAACAAGCAAGAGAAGUGAUCG